AUGGCUCUUGCCGCCUGCGAGGACCUCUCUUUGACGGCCGACAAGGACCAAAUUUCACCAGCCGGUGCUAAUCUGAAGUUAAAAUUGACACAAACUCCUUCAAACAUCAGCAGCUCCACUUCCAGUCCUUUCUCGGCUGCCUCUUUCCCUAGAAUUCGUGCUCGAGCACAAGGAGAAAUGGCACUUGCGAUCAUCAAGUACACGCCAUUCCCACGUUCCCGCAACAUCGGCGAAUUCACCAUGGCAGAUGACCCAGCUACCUGGUCAGAUCGUUAUGGAGAAGUCACCUACAUCUUAGCAGAUAUCGCCCGAUCUCCCAAUAGCGCCUCGAACCUCCUCCUCGCAAUCCUCUAUUCUAGCGUUCUGUGGAAAAGAGACAGGCACUUCUGGGGUGUGAUCCGUCAUUGGGCCUGUGGAUUUUUGUUCAGUAUGGUAGGGUCACCUGCGAAAUACCUCUGCUGGGUCCAAGGCAUCGACCGUCGAAGUGCGUAUUUCAAGAACGUCGAGUUGACCGAUGGUGCUGGCUUCUUCUUGAUCAACCCUAAUGAGAAGGUCGAGUGGGUUCCUUAUGAUCAGGGCAAGGCAUGGAGCUCGCAACGAUUAAGACAGAAGACAGUUUCUUACGGCUUUCUUCAAUCAAUCUGGGGGUUAAUGCUGUUACUUGUUGCGCUAGUUAUGCCAUACCAUAUUGCAAGUGUGGAAAGCGGAAUGCUAGGAUCCGCCUUCUGUGGGAAGGCUCUCUCCUCGCUCGUUAGGCCCUGUUAUCCCCUCCGAUUUUCUGAUCAUUCAUUUGGUGCUACUCCUGAGCGUGAGGGGGUUGGUGGAGCAUGA